AUGUCUGAUACCUGCAAGGAAGAGGAAGCGCAGGUGGGAGAACAUCAUCAUACAGAGGAGGAAUGGGAAACUGAUAAUAAGGAUUCUUCGAGUAACAAACAAACGACGACUCGAGACUCAGGGAUACCGCAGCAGGCUUUACAAACAUCUGCGGACAAUAAGAAUAUAAGUGGAGACGGGGAUGGUUUUUUACUAAAAAAAAUUAUUGUUGACGACGAACGCCAUUCAAGAGAAAGCGUUAGUAUUGUUGAAGAUGCAGUUAUUGGUUUAUCAUAUCAGGAUCAUAAUUAUGGAAGACGAUCUGGAAAUGCACAGAAAAAUGAUGGGGAAAAUGGCGAGAAAUUUCCUAUCAUUGGUGGACUUGCUUCUUAUAUCGGAAAUGAAAUCAGUAAAGUCCCUGCGGGUCAUCACUUUCGUGAUACAAACUUGGGACAUUUCUCAAGAUCGCACAACAGUGGGACGCAUUAUCGAAAGAUUUCGGGGAUGGAUUCACGUACAUCUUGUAGAAUCUAUUCUGGUGGCAUGGGUGGAUGUCGAACGAGUCAAAUGCGAAGGUUACCAGCUUCUACUGAACAGAUAUUUCCCCGACAAACCUCGAUCAUUGCUACUCAGAAUUACCGAAUACAUCGUCGAGGAGUAACUCAAAUAUCGGCUAAUAGUCAUAGUGAUAUAUUGUUCCGCUCACGUCACUUUGUCAGUUCCGGUGGAACAUUUGCAACAUCAGCAUCGUCGAACAAAAGAGUUCUUCGACCAGCACAUCCUCCAAAUCCUGUGUUAUCAACUUGCCAUCAAAGCAUACGUCAGAUAAUUCCUGCUAGUAAAUCAGUUUCGGCAACAAUGCCUGCUUAUGCAAUGGCAGUUAAUGCAACAGGUGCAGAUUCUGAAACACAUGCCACGGACAUGAGUGUCGGUUUGGCGCCGUUCCUCGUACCAUCUCGACGGCCUCGUCCCGUUGUCCGGAACCGAGCGCGAGCAUCAAGUCAACCAGAUAAAGGAACAGAGCUGUUAAUACAAAAACUUGUUGCCAGUGAUCAGCAGGCAGACAAUGCUCUUCACGCUGAAAAGCAGCCGUCUAACGUUUUUACUGCUUCUGGACAACAUCUUCCGAAAAAUGUGAUCCGUAGCAGUGGAAUUGUCAAGCAGCAGUAUAUUAUGGCAGAGCCUCUUGAACCUUGUCAUGUCCCUCGUCUUCAGCAUUCUGCUCAGCAGCGUGCAGUUCCAAAUGAUUUGGUAAUAAGUAUGGUUGUGGAUGAAAAAUUAUCACCGGAAAGUCUUCAUAAUUCAGCAGUUCAUUGUAAAGAAGAAGAGCAGAAAGCAUUUUCACAGAGCCAUCUUUCUAGUGAUUCUCGUGAAUCGAUUUAUGUCAAUAGCGAUAGCGGAAUGCAUGAUCUUCAACAAACCGCUCAAACUUCUACAGUCCUUUCUCAUCGUUUGCAGCAAGACAUCGGAAAAUAUGUUGAGGAGCAUUAUCGAAAGUCACAGAAGGAUUCAUUCGUCGCUAAUUCUCGUCAUCUUUUUACUCGACAACUCGAUGAGCUCCAAAUACGACAGUCCAGACUCUGUCAUUCCGAAACCUCUGCAUCCGACAGCACCAAGAAAAUGAAAGAAAUGGAUCGCUUCGGUCAGCAGUCUGUAAUAAAUGUUUCAGGUUUUACUCUCUAUCGACAGAAAUCAGUAUCACCGGGACAUGUCGCAUUUAAUCAAAAUCGUGGGUUUGAUUCACGGCAUUCAACAUCGGUUGAGAUAGAGACGCCCGUGUUGCCAUCCAAAAACAGAACAGAAAGUGAUGAUAUCCAAACAGCAUCUGACGGUGAAGUUACUUUGAAAAGAUUUGAUCAUGGAACUCCCUCAGUUGAAGAUAUCUUGAGUGGAGAAGGACCUGUAUUUAACGAAGUAUGUAAUGAGGUUGUGGAGCAGCGUAUUUCUGUUGCAACGCGUUCAUCAAUUAGCGGGGCUGAGGAGGAGACGAGUGUGAAUGAUAAUGUUGAUGAAAAAGAAACAGAAGAUGAAGGUUUUCGAACCACCAUAGUAACCACGGGUGUAGAUUCAUCAUCAAACAGCAACAGUGAAGACGACUGGGAAGAGGAAUACACUACACGUUGUUACUGUGGUUUGAAUCAUAACGAUGAAUUCAUGAUACAGUGUGAUGUGUGCAAUGUAUGGCAACACGGCAAAUGUGUGGGUAUUGAUCGACGUCGAGUACCAGAUACUUAUCAGUGUGAAGAAUGCAAUCCACGUUUGUUGAAACUUAGCAAAACUCAGGCACGGGAGAUGCAGUUAAAAAUACUUGCUCGAUAUCGCAAAGAAAAGGAAAAAAAACGUCGUCAAAGAGCUAAAGGGCGCUUUAAAAAGAGAAUUCAGGAAAAAUCUGGUGAUCCUGCAUUACUGGAAGCGUUGCGAAAUGGUGAGGGUGUAAGUGUUAUGUAUGUUACACAGUUGUCUAUGGGAUUGGUUUCGACACGGCUAUACCAUGCUGAUGAGCCGGUAAUAUAUAUUUGUGGGCGUGUAUCGCUUCCCUGUGAAUGUCAUGGUCGAGAAGAGCCGGGAGUAGUCAUACCUUUUGUCACGUUGUAUAGUCACCUAGUAGUUGAGGAAAGCAAAGAUCCUAUACCCAUUUGUAUUGACGCUCGUCGCUUCGGUUCGAAAGCUCGGUUUGCUCGUGCAUCUUGCCGACCAAAUAUCAAAAUGCAACAUUUCUUUUUGAACGGCAAAUUGCAUAUUAUCGGUAUUGCUGUUGGGAAUAUCGAACGUGGUGAAGAGAUCACUGUUCCAUUUGAUGACGAUUACUAUUUGUCAAAGACGAAGCUAAUUUGCGCUUGUUCAGCAGACGACGAGCAUGAUGGCAAUGUGGAUUGUUUAGUCCGCAACUUUAAUCGAAUGCUUGAACAAAAACAAAAUUCAAUUAGCGAUAAGGCUUUAAACACAGCUUCGAAUCCAAUGAUAAAUUUUGAUACUACCUCAGAAGAUCAUACCGAAAAGCAAUAUGUGGAUGUAGAGGUCGGAAAAGUUCGGGCACUUAUGAAGUCUAGAAAUACUACAAGUGGAUCUCGAUAUUCUUCAGUAACAUUUUUAUCCAGAGUGACUGCAUCUGAUUAUAUUGGUGAAGUUAAUACAAUGGUCGAAACAGCAACGGCUGUAACACCUACUACAGAAGAUGAGAAUACAAUCAAUAAGGAUGUAUUACCAGAGAGCUCUGUAGAAAUACAGCUCCAUACUCGAACUACUGUAAAUGGUUCUUCACGAAAAGCUCGAAAAAAGCGACCAAAGAUAUCCAGCACUACAUUAUACAGGAGAAAAGGUGGCAUCAAAUUACGCUGUCGUGGAGCAGCUAAUUAUAGAACUAUGGAAAUACGACAAGAAGCAUACACAAAUGAUGAAAGUAUUGGUGUCAGCAAGGGCAUGGCGAAUGUCGACAACUCACUAAAAAAAGAAACUUGCUUAUUUAGUGACAAAACGAGUUUGAAAGUAGAGGAACAGUAUAAGGAAAAGCGGCAAGUUGGAUUAAGUAAAGAGUACGAAGGACAGUUCAUGGAAUCGGGUAAAUUUAUCACGGAAAAAUUGCGAGCACAUGCAGAUGCUGAAGAAGGGAUUGAAAAUGUGCAAAAAUCAAGUGCAGUAGAGGCAGGACCGGUUGUUGCGAAGAAUGUUGGGAGACCCAGAAAGAAACGGCGAUCUAUUAGUGCAAGAGUUGCUGAUGUAGUUAAUUGGGCAGGGGAAACUGAUGGAAAUGAAGACCUGGUUGUUUUGGAUAGUUCAGCAAUAAAGAUGCAUAGUAAAAGAAGCGAUUUGCUGGAGAAAAUUGAACGUGUAAAUUAUAUGCUUCCCGAGGAGCGCAAUAAAUCUCGAGAAGAACGCAAAGUGUUACAAGAGCUUGCGCUGUUUGAACGCAUGCAGCAGCGUGAGGCAAGGCGUCAGCAACAUGUAGUCUCUGCACGCGGAUCUGGAAAUACCGGAGGCACGCGCUGUAGUGCUUCAUCCGCUAAUAACCCAUUGCUGGAUUCUGCAAAAGUUGCGAAGGUUACGGAUAGUGCAAAUGAUGGGAGCAACUCAAGAAGCAGACAGCGGUACCAGAGUAGCACAAAAAAGGCUAAAAAUGCUAAAGGCCGACGUCGUGUAGCAAGCUCUGAAUGCUCUUCAACGGCAGCGCUGAAACGAAGUCGUACGAUGAGCGAAGGUGCAAAAUGGCGAGAGAAGUCUGAAGCAGAGCAAGGUUUAAACAAUAAUUUGGUUAGAAAGGCAAUCUCUUUUUCCCCUCGUGCUCAAAACUUCAUCACUGAACUAAACUCAGAAUCCAAAAUGAACGAAAGCGUGGAAGAUGUGAUUGGAAUGGUAGAAAGGCGAGAAUUGGAUGUGUCCACUAAUAAUACCACUGUGAGUUGCAAAAGUUCUUUGCUAUGUGCAAAGCGAGAAAUUCAAAACGCAGAUCCCAUUCAGGACAGCGGCAUGGCUACUUGCUUUACCAAUGAGAAGCAUAUAAAAUACGAGGUAGAGCCACUGCCGAAAAGAAGACGUGAAAGUCAUGGUAUAAAUAACAAAAGUGAUUCAGAUGUGCCAGGAAAAGAAUUAUACGGCUCAAAGCUCGACUGUACUGAUUCGUCGUUUGUUCUUAAACAAGGCAAAUUAUUUGUGUACUUCAAUGUACAAAAAUUGAUAUCUGUUCGAUUUAUUACAGAACAAAUUCGUGCUUUGUUCCGUAAGAUGGUUGAAAUUGAGGCCACUUGUAAACCAUCGGAUUUUUCGUUGGAUUUCCAAAAGUUGAAGGUAGUUCAGCUCCCUUUAACUUCUUUGCAUUCUGAAUGUGGCAAAAAUCAAAUGAAGGUUGCUGAAGCUCCUAAGAAGAAGAUGUCACUGGAUGAAUAUAAAAGAAGGAAGAGCUCAAAAACUACUGCCGAUUCAGAGAAAACACCUGCAAUUGCUAUCGAAAAGACAACAGAAGACAAUGAGUAUAAACAGAUGCCAUUAUCCCGUUCUUUCAUUCCAUUAAUGACUGCUAGUGGUAUUGGAAAACGCACUUCACUUCGUCUUGGUGCUCUUCCUGAUCCUGUACAGUUACGCGCAACUCCAACGCUUUCAAUUGAUGACCUGAAACGUCGCAUUUAUCGACGAACGACAUCUUCAAAUACAGUAACCUCUAAUCCUGAUGGUUUGUCACUUUCUUCCUUAGUGCGGAAGAAUGCUUCGCAUACCUCACCAGGACAGUGCUUUGAGGAAGGACCAGUUUCAUAUACAUCCUCGUUUUCAUCAACAUGGCGAAGAGAACUGCCGUCAACCGUAGCUUCCAAUAAAGACAAGAGACUCCCACUCGAAGAGCGAUUACGCCUAGUACUGGGCUGUGGUGAAAGGUACGCUGGUAAGUACAGUUCAUCUGUAUCUCCACCAGCUGCUCCUCCACCACCUCCACCGCCUCCUCCUCCUCUUCCUAUCAAGAAUUCAGAGAUACCAAAAUUGAGAUGCGACCUCUCUGCUGAUGUUCAUUCAGAUAUUCCUCUACCGCCACCACCACCGAUGCCUACUCCAUCUUGCAGUCAACCUGAUCAAUGUUCAUGUGAAGUGCAUGCUUUUGGACCCCGUAGAGGCUGA